UUUCUGUGUAAACAAACCUAGAAAUUUUGUUGUUGUUAAUAAUUGAGAUUUCGUUUAGUACACUCUGAAUUUCUGUGAAUUAUUACUAGUUAAUAUAGAUUUAGCGCCGUAGAAACAAUUUGUUUUCAUUGUUUUUGCUACGGGUCCGAUUCGUGAAAAUCUUUAGAUUUCAAUCAUAAUAACUUAGUUAAAUUUUAUUAUGAGUAACCUAACGCAUUGCGUCGUGUUUCGUUAUUUCGUUUUAAUUUGCAAUUUACAAUAUUGAGUUUUGUCUUGCCUGUAAUUAAUUUAUUAUAAGUUUUUAGUAGCAGCCCUUGACAGCGGUUUACGUUUCUACGUUGUCGUAUUCAGCUGAUAGCAAAGCUAGUUGGAAUAUUUGGAACCUACUAGAAAAUAUCUUAUCGUCUGUUUGGCCAAUACAACGACGCAUCGAUAACAUGAUGGCAUCAACGUUAUAUAGCUAUCGUUUGUUAAAUUAUGCUGUCGGAUUAUUAAGAUUACUACAAAAUAGAAAAAUUAAAGGCGUAAGCUAAUUUUACAAUUAGUUAACAACCAGACACAGAAAAAGUAUAUCUAUAAUCUAUAUACAAGCAAAACAAUUAUGGAAGUUAAUACGCAAGAACACUUUGAAAGAAUGUAUCAAUUCUAUAAGCACAAAGAAUUUUGUGAUGUAACUUUGGUUACUGAUGAAGGCUUAAAAAUUGAAGCACACAGAAAUAUAUUGGCUUCUGCGAGUCAUGUGUUUUAUAAGAUGUUCAGCGGGCAUUUUAAAGAGAAAAACGAAAAUGAGAUUCUUAUAAAAGAAAUAGAUUCUACAAUUUUAGAAUUGGUGGUCGAAUUUGCAUAUACUUAUAAACUGGAUGUUAAAGAAAACAAUUGCGAGAAACUAUUGAUGGCUGCCGAAAUGUAUGAUGUAAGUGGUAUAAGAAAAUUGUGUGGCGAAUAUAUUAAAGAAAACAUAAAUCCUACAAAUUGUGUGCGUUUUAUGAAAAAGUCCAAAUUAAUAUCAGACAAAAAGAUUUACAAUUUUUGUUGGUCAUAUUUUUUAAAAUAUUUCUAUAUAAUUGUGACAUUGGAUCAAGCGUUAGAAACACUUUAUGACUUUGAGUUUGAUGAUGUUGUCGAGUUUAUUGCACGCGAUGAUUUAGUAAUUGAUUCUGAGGAAAAGAUAUUUGAUUUUAUCGUUGAUUGGAUACGAUAUAACACAGAUGAACGUAAUGGCUUUUUACCGAAUUUUAUGAAAUAUUUACGUUUACCUUCAAUUUCAAAAAAAGGACUACAAAGGAUUUAUAAUCAUCCAUUAGUGGGAAAUAAUACUAAUGUUAUGAGAGCCAUAUUAGACAAUAUCACCAAAACUUACAUCAAAUCAAAACCGCCAGUUACUCUUGGAAGAUGUACUCAAAUUGAAUUUGUUUAAACUUUUUUAAUACUGGCACACAAAAUGUAUCUACUUGGUAUUGAGUGGAAUCGAUUUGAAAAUUAAAGUUUCAACAUUUGGUUACAUAGAGAUGCGAAAAAGUAUAAUAUCACAUGUGUUUUGCGUAUAUUUGAUUAAGCCAAGGUUAGACGACAAAAAGUGUUAACACCAACGGUAAAAAAUUAUAUGAUAAAGGUAAUGUUUUUUUUUGUGCUUAUUGUCUUUUUGGAGAAUAUAAAAUAAAGUCAAGUAAUAGUUUAAAAUAUUCAAAUCAAUGUAAAUCUGUGAUAAAGGUAGAUUUCCAGAUGAUUUUUGGGACUAGGGUAAAAUGAGAAACAAGCGGUUUUGGCUGAUUAGACUAAAGUUGCUCUAGAGAGAAAUAUAAAAAAAUAUCUUAUACAAAAAUAAGCACCUAACUGGUUGAGGAUUUAUGUUAUAUUUUGCAAUAGCUAUAAAGAAGUUUUUUAGGAAAAUUAGGUACCAAAAACACAUGAUUACAUAUAUAUGUUGAUUAAAAUAUUUUUAUUGUGUUAUUA